AGCGGCCCCUGUGUGCGCUUGCGCCAGCACCUCCGCCGACCGGGCCCGCACGCACGCGCAUGCCCCUAGCGCGAGGAGCCGCGGUGGCCGGCAAUACUGCGCGUGCGCGCCGAGAAGCCCGCUAAGGAGCGGCGCUUGCGGACGUCUGGCCGGCGGCCCGUGACGUCGUGAGGAGAGCUUUAAAGUGCGGGCCGGGCCGGGCGUCUGAGGGUCUGGCUGGGAGUCGGGCCGAGCCUACGCGGCAGCCCUCUGCGGCAUGAGGCGCUUCUGGCGCCCUUGCCCCCCGGGACGUGGAGAAGGUGGAGGAGGAGGAAGCCCCGUUGUCGCCGCCGCUGCAUGACCUGCCGCUACUGAGUUCCGACCCCGCUCCUGGCCCCUAGACGCCCCCCGCUGGGUCCUGAGGCAACGCAUGGGGGUCCGGCACUGAGGACCCCGUUCCUUCCGGGGGCACCGGGGCGCGUCCCCCAAGAGCCAUGCCUGGCCGCCCCGCCCGCCCCGGAGGACCCUAGAGUAGCGUCGCGGGGGCCAUGGCGGCCGCCAGCGGCUACACAGACCUGCGUGAGAAGCUCAAGUCCAUGACGUCCCGGGACAACUAUAAGGCGGGCAGCCGGGAAGCCGCGGCCGCCGCCGCCGCUGCUGUAGCCGCCGCGGCCGCCGCCGCCGCCGCCGCAGAGCCUUACCCAAUGUCCGGGACCAAGCGCAAAUAUCAAGAGGAUUCUGACCCGGAGCGCAGCGACUACGAGGAGCAGCAGCUGCAGAAGGAGGAGGAGGCGCGCAAGGUGAAGAGCGGCAUCCGCCAGAUGCGCCUUUUUAGCCAGGAUGAGUGCGCCAAGAUUGAGGCCCGCAUCGAUGAGGUGGUGUCCCGCGCCGAGAAGGGCCUGUACAACGAGCACACGGUGGACCGGGCCCCGCUGCGCAACAAGUACUUCUUCGGCGAGGGAUACACAUACGGCGCCCAGCUGCAGAAGCGUGGGCCGGGUCAGGAGCGCCUCUAUCCGCCGGGCGACGUGGACGAGAUCCCCGAGUGGGUGCACCAGCUGGUGAUACAGAAGCUGGUGGAGCACCGCGUCAUCCCCGAGGGCUUCGUUAACAGCGCCGUCAUCAACGACUACCAGCCCGGCGGCUGCAUCGUGUCUCACGUGGACCCUAUCCACAUCUUUGAGCGCCCCAUCGUAUCCGUGUCCUUCUUUAGCGACUCCGCGCUGUGCUUCGGCUGCAAGUUCCAGUUCAAGCCUAUCCGGGUGUCAGAACCUGUGCUUUCCCUGCCAGUGCGCAGGGGAAGCGUGACUGUGCUCAGUGGAUAUGCUGCUGACGAAAUCACUCACUGCAUAAGGCCUCAGGACAUCAAGGAGCGCCGAGCGGUCAUCAUCCUCAGGAAGACAAGAUUAGAUGCACCCCGAUUGGAAACAAAGUCCCUGAGCAGCUCUGCAUUACCACCCAGCUAUGCUUCAGAUCGCCUUUCAGGAAACAACAGGGACCCCCCUCUGAAACCCAAGCGGUCUCACCGCAAGGCAGACCCUGACGCUGCCCACAGGCCACGGAUCCUGGAGAUGGACAAGGAAGAGAACCGGCGCUCAGUGCUGAUGCCCACCCACCGGCGGAGGGGCAGCUUCAGCUCUGAGAACUACUGGCGCAAGUCCUAUGAGUCCUCAGAGGACUGCUCAGAGGCGACAGGCAGCCCCGCCCGAAAGGUGAAGAUGCGGAGGCACUGAAGCCUGUCCACUGCCCUCCUGGGAACUCUGGCUGAUCCUCAUGUAGCUGCCCCUCCUUUUGUUUUGAGGGUUUCAUUUUUGUUUUUGAUCUUAUAUAUAUAUAUAUAUUUUUUUUUCCCUUCGUUUGUUGCCCGUUAAGGCUGAAAAACAGAAUUGGCCAAGACUUGGGUUUUCAUGUUCUUGGCUUUCCUCCUGGAUGAAAAGGUUGUUGGUGUCUGUAGGAGACCGAGACUCACGCUGGAGUAGCCAGUAGAGGUGUGUGUGUGUGGGGGGGGGGCAGUUAUCUUCAAGUGGGGCUGAGUUAGGCUGGGUUUAUUUAAAAGCAACAAAAUGUUAUGGUUAAGAAAUUCUCAUUUUUGCUUUAAAUAUAAAUCUUUGCAGUGCUCUGAACAAAGUUCAGUCUCUUGCCCACCCUUUUCCUCCACUGAUGUCCACACUUGGUUGAGGUCUCUUAGAGCCUUGCCAGCUCUGUGGGGGGGCUGCUGCUCCACCCUCACUUGCUGUCCAGGCUCUGGAAGCUCCUGUAAACACCCUUUCUUCCUCCCUCAGCAGAGUGGUUCAGGUUGGCUGGGGGCGGAGCUCAAACAUUGCCAGCCCCUGUCACCCUAAGGCUAUUGCCGAGCCCUCCAGGUUUCCUCCACACUUUUCUCAGAGGCUAGUACAGUGGUCCUGAGGUCUCUUGCCAAGAGUAUGCCUGCCUCUUUGUUGGGUUGCUCCUUUCAAGCAUUUGCGUGGGAUUAUAUGGAAAGUUAGACUUGCCAUGUUGGGUCAGUUUUAGGAAUUGUUUCUAGCUAGAGGGACUGGUGUCCUUCCAAGUCUAGCAUUUGGGGUAUGGGAAAUCAUUGUGGUGUGUGGUAGGGUUUUUGUUUUCUUUUUUGAGUUUUUAUUUUUCCUUUGGUCUCUUGGCUUUCCUUUCUCCUCCAUUGGCCACCCUGGGCCUCCUCUCCAUGUCAUCCCUCUAGGAAGGUGCCCACUCCCUCUAUUCACCUACAGUGUGCAUCCAAGGCCAGAGCUCAGGCCUGCAGACUGGGUUGGUGCCUUCUCUGCUUCAGGGGCAUGGGAGCUGGGGAAGGGGCUUCUUAAAAAAACAAACAAACAAAAAAAAAAGAACAAUAAUAAUAAAAGGAAGAAAAAAAAAAAGUGAAGUCUUUGGCGCUUUCUACCCAUUCAGAUUCUGGAAGGCUGCAAGGUUUUGCUGAUCUAAAUUCAUUAGGAAUGUCUUCUUGCCAGCCAGGCCAGGACUUGGGCCUGCCAAAAGCAGAGGCCCUCCCUGCAAUUGGGCCACCACAACUCCAGGGGGCUUUAUGUAUAGAGGUCCAGGCCUGGGGCCUCAGAAAUGUGGGCAGCCACCAUCAAGAAGCCCCUCUCAGGGGCCAGAACUCCUUUGCCAGCGUGGAUUCCUCAAGUCAGGACUGCGUAACUAAAGCAGUUGCAGUUUUAUUUUUUUUACAGCUUUUUUCCCAAAAAAAUGAUUUGUAGUUGUGUGUGCAGCACUUUGCCCUGAUAUGUGUGCUCUACAAUAAAAACCAAAUCUAAUAUAUUUUGAAACAAUUGUCUGAUGCUGUCGUAAGAGAAAGCUUGCCUUUGGUGCCUCCUUAAUCCCUUUAUUUUCUUAACUUUAAACAGAGGUUGGGGAAGUGGAGCUCAUGGCCCAUCAGAGCCCCAGAGGAGUCAGCCAGUUGUUGACACCAGGCCUCCUGAAGGCUGUAGGUGGCCUUGUCUGUCCUCUGCCUACUCCAAGGAGGAUGGCCUUCAUAACUAUGGGGUGUAGGUAUGCAGGGGCCGCACCUUCUCUCUGCAUGUGGUAGUGGAAGGACUACAUGCCAGCGAGGGGGAAACAGCCUGAACCAAGGCAGGGAGAAGCUGGCUUUUGUAGAGGAUAUGAAAGUGGUCUUGCUCAGUAAAGACUGAGUUCCCACUACACCAGACAAGUCCUCACUAGAACCCCAACCGUGAGCAAAACUCUCCUGGUCUCUGCUUUCAGUUGCUCUCAAAGAGUAUGGGAGUACAUAGGAUACAGGCAUGAAGGAGGUAUUUUUUUGGUGGGGUAAGGCUGGGCCCAGAGGCUUUAGUCCAUCUGAAUCCCUGACCUAACUCCCAGGGCCUGGCCAAGAGCUUCAGUCUGAAGUCUAUAUCACACAGUUAAGCGCUCAGAGCCAGUCUGCUUGGCCAAAUUCCUGCUGUGGGAACCUGGACAAGCCACUUAACUGCCCAUUUAGAAGAGAGUCCAUAGACGGUGCAAGUGGCUGGCCAGGGUUUGGUUUGAAAAUUGGGACAGGGCCUCUGUGUGGUCCUGGCCAGAUGGACCUACAGGGGCAGCACUGAGCUGGACUUAGGAUCCUGGGUGCCCUGGAGAGGAUAUAUGGGAACCCAGAGAGAAGUGACCUACCAGCCAUCCAGACUGCAUGUGACAAGAGUGGUUUUUCCCUAUCCAUGCUUAAGCCCCUAACGGGAUGGGGGCCUCAGUCAGAGCUUUCCCCACCCCUAGGAAAAGAAGCCCUUCCCCCUGCAAGACUGAGGAACAUAAGGGGUUCUGACCACCAGAGUUCCUACUGCCUCUCUGGCUUUAGUCACUACCUACAUGGUAGCCCUGUGGGCUCCAUCUGUGAGGUGAUCGUCCUGAGCAGUUACCCUGAGCCUGACAGCUGACCCUGAAUCCAGUUCUCUCCACCUCCUGACAGGGUGCUUAGCCUCCCUCAGUCCCCACCCCCAGCCUGGUCUCACAUAAUUUUUCCAACAGCAGGGACAUCAGCCCUAUCCACGUAGGACCCAUCCCAUUCCUCUAACCCUUUUGUAAGGAGAGGGAAACAGAUUCAAGGCGGUCAAGGACUGACCCAAGGUCAUGUUAUUCAGAAAUAUUGACUCAACUGUGCUGAGCACAGUGUUGGACACAUGACAGACCUGGGACAUAAUGUCACAUACAUAUGUAAGGGUAGCAUAAACAGAAGUGUAGCACAUAAAUUGUAAAUACAUAGUAUUUUGUUGUAAAUUCCAUAUAGCCAGUUGUUUCACAAAAGUUUUUAGGCUCUUUUGCUGAAUUCCGGUGUUAAUCAUCUGCCUAUGCUUAUAAUUCAACCACAAUAUGAGGAAGAUGCAGUUUAUCUGCUUGUGUUUGUUUUUUUAUGGCUGCCAAAACUAUCACAAAUUUGGUGGCUUACAAGAACAAAUUUAUUCUCACUUGUGGAGGUCAGAAAUCCAGAAUCACUUGUCCUUGAGCCCUGUCCACACCUUGACUUAAGAGGCUCUAGUGGGAAACCUGUCCCUUAAACUGCUGGUGGCUGUAAGCAUUCCUUCAUUUGUAGUUGCAACUUGUUGCUCUGCCUCUCUGGUCACAUGGCAUCUACUGUGUGCCACAUCUCUCUGCCCCUUUUACUAGGGAUGUUUUUGAUUGGAUAGAAGGGUACCAAAAUAAUCUUUUUAAUCACAUCCUCAAAGACUUUUUCUUUUUAUGGUGUUGGGGAUGGAAUCCAGGUGCUUGUGCACAUAAGUGUUCUAUACUGAGCUAUACUGAAUUCUAUACCCUCAGCCCCUCACCCUUUCUUUUUCUUUUCUUUUUGGUGGUACUGGGUAUUGAACCCCGAACCCUUUUGGUUUUGUUUUUUUAGACAGGGUCUCCCUAAGUUGCUGAGGCUGGCCUCAAACUUGGGAUUCUCCUGUCUCAGCCUCCCCACUCACCCUUUUUCUUCAUGAGGUAACAUUUACAGGUUCCAGGAAUGAUAACCUGAUAGCUUUGGUGGCCACUGUGCUUACCACAUUGCUCUUUUCCUCAUGAAUUGAUUAUCAUAAAAGCUGAUAUAUGACCUACUAGUUCCUCAAGAAAUUAUGCUAGUUGGAUUGGAAUCUCAAUCUCAGCACUACUUUCAAAUUUAAUCUAAAUCAUCAAUAUUUUUUCCAUGGCUUUCUCAAAACUAGAUUUGUGCUGUCCAAUAUGGUAGCCACUGGACUCUCAUCAAGCACUUGAAAUGUGGCUAGUUUGAAUUGAGAUGUGCUUUAAGUGUAAAAUAAACACCAGAAUUUGAAGUUAGGAUGAAAAACAAUGUAAAAUAUAUCACUGAUAACUUUAUAUUGGUUACAUGUUGAAAUGAUACUAUUUUGAACAUACUGGGUUAAAUAAAAUAUACUAUUUAAAUUAA